CCAACACAAUUUCCUCACUCAGCCAGACUCUGUGAGGCGGUCACUUCAUUUCGGUGUAUCCUACAGUCUGUUCCGCUGACUUUACCGGAUUAAAAACAAACUUAACAGAGCAGGUUCAUUUUUAAAAGCAGCAAUUAGUGCGGAUUGAGGAAGAAGUUGAAGGUGUGUAAUGGGUUAACGGCGGAAGGCCUCGCCUUACCUUUACUGCGCGUCACCGGGCUCCGUAAAGUGGUCCCACCAUCCAAACCAAAAGGGGAAAAUCACCGCCUCUCGCCGCCGCCGCCGCACGCGCACCCUCGCUUCGGUCGCUCUCACAUCAGCCUGUCGGUCUCCGCCCCGCCGCUCCAUCAGCACACACACACCCAGAAGACACCGGGAAAUAAGAGUGAUUUACCGGAGCCAUGAAGGACCGCAUGCAAGAACUUAAACAUGGGAAGGAAACGACAGAGGAGGAGGAUGAAGUCGCUGUGGGGAUGGACAAAGGCUUUAUGGAUGAAUUCUUUGAGCAGGUGGAGGAGAUCAGGGGUUUUAUCGACUCUCUGGCAGAGAAAGUUGAGGAGGUGAAGAGGAAGCACAGCGCCAUCCUGGCUUCACCCAACCCAGAUGAGAAAACUAAAGCUGAGCUGGAGGAUCUCAUGGCAGACAUCAAGAAGUUGGCCAACAAAAUACGCUCCAAAUUAAAGAGUAUCCAGCAAACCAUUGAACAAGAGGAAAGCCAGAACAGGUCAUCAGCUGACCUGAGGAUACGCAAGACACAGCACUCCACACUGUCCCGUAAGUUUGUCGAGGUGAUGUCAGAGUACAACACCACCCAGUCGGACUACAGGGAGCGCUGCAAGGGACGCAUUCAGAGACAGCUGGAGAUCACUGGAAGAAACACAACAAAUGAGGAGCUGGAGAGCAUGUUGGAGAGCGACAACCCGGCUAUCUUUACCUCGGGGAUCAUUAUGGACAACAUCACCGAGCAAGCCAUGAAUGAGAUCGAGACGCGGCACAAUGAGAUCAUCAAGCUGGAAAACAGUAUCAGAGAGCUUCACGACAUGUUCAUGGACAUGGCCAUGCUGGUGGAGAGCCAGGGUGCACUGGUGAACAACAUUGAGCGAAGUGUGCUGGCCGCCCAUGAAUAUGUGGAGCAGACAAAGGAGAACAUCCCAAAAUGCAAAAAGUUCAAAAAGACUGGCAAACGGAAGGUGAUCCUGAUAGGAGGUUGUAUUGCAGCAUGUCUGACCGUCCUCAUUAUUUCCCUCGCAGUUGGACUCAGUUAGGACUCUAAGAAAUCCCUAAGAGCUGACAGGGCAGGAAGUGAUGCCUCCUCCUGUGGGUCUAAUGUUCGGCAGUUAAAACGUACUGUAUAGUGGGCUCUGUACUGUGCAGUCAGUAACUGCGUGUGAAGUAAGAAGAAGGCUUACAUUACUACCCUAAAGACAGUCCGACAUGGUUCUGUGCACUCAAAUAUCUUACGUUUACUUUUACAUAUAUUUUUUAAUACAUAGGCCUACAUUUUUCUAAACUAACAGCCAAAUACUUUGACGAGCUAACGUGUGCCUUGUGUCCAUUUGUGUCCAUUUGUGUCAUGAUUCACAUAUUGUUGUCAUGCGCAUGUUCUGCAGUCUUCUGAGGAGCUUUGCAUGUUUUUCUACAAAAACAAAGCUGCAGAUACUAAGUGGUUAUAUUAAUCAAAAUGCAUGUGUUGAAUUGAAAAACGAAAGUGCAUAUACCUCAGCAAAGUUCAUGAACAGUCAGUCUCAUAUACUUACAGAUGUGUCCAACAUUGAGAACCCUGAAAAAAGUUUUUGAGUCCAUGAUCAAGGUUCAAAAAUAUAAAUGUUUCCUUCUUUUUUUCUUUGUUUUAAAGAUAUAUAAUUUUUUUUGGCUUUUUUGCCUUUAAUUUAUGGGAAAGCUAAGUGUGAAGGGGGAGAGAGAGAGAGAGAGAGAGAGAGAGAGAGCAGCAAAGGGCCAUGGGCUGGAGUCGAGCCCAGCCCGUUGCAGCUACAGACUUGUACAUGGAGCGCCUGCUCUAUCCACCAAGCCACCAAUGCUCCUAUAAAUGUUUCCUUUUUUGAAGCAUUCAAGCAAUAUUUUUACCAUAUGGGAAAUAAACAUUGUUUUCUUGCUGAGAGUUAAGAGAGAAGAUCAAUAAAAACAAUGUGUAAAAAUGACAAGGGGGGUUAUGAGUGACAUCUGAUUUCACACACAUACAAAAUGAACUUUUCUAGGCUUUGGCAAAGUUUUACAAAUAUAAAACCAUCCAUCUAUCCAUUAUAUGUAACCACUUGUCAUAUUCAGGGCUGGAGCCUAGCCAAGGUACUUGUAAACGUUCUUUGUUGCCUGUGGACAGAGCCAGGCUUGCUGUUUCCCCUACUUUCCCUCCUAUUUUUAUGCUAAGCUAAGCUCACCAGCUUCUUAUGUACUGCAGAUGAGAGUGGUAUUAAUCCUCUAAACUAAUUAUUAUCUGAAAAUGGGUAAGCGUGUGUCCAAAACUAUUCCUUUAAGAACUGGAGACCGAUUCCUCAGGGUUUAAAUGAUGGACAUUGGCUGUUUUUGAAUGUUGAGGCAUGUGUGCUUAAAUGACGUAUUUUAUGAUUUAACUUUGCUUUAAAGUCACUGUGUGGAUUUUUACAGAAAACUGAAACGACCUCAGUAAACACUGGCUCAGUCUGUAGUCUGCUUAUUUCAGAAGGUAGCUUCAUGCAUCCUUAGCUACCACCAGAUGGCGCCAAACUUUAGCAUUUCCAUUAUCUACACAUUGUGGCUUUAAAUAUAGUAAUGAUUCAUGUUUGUGGCAUGUAUGAACACACUGUGUUGUGUUUAAUGUGUUAUGAACAACAUGCAGGAACCAAAGAUUAAUGAUUUUUUAAAGUAGAGCAUGUGGAAAUGCCUCUAAAUCACAGUGACACUCCAACAUUAUCAGAUAUAUUCAAAUCAAAUAGUCUCUCUCCUGCAUUGUGUUCGUCUACUCUUUUUCUGAUUAUUAUACAAAUUGUAAUGUGUUAAAAUAAAAUACAACUUACAUCUCUAACAUGUUUUCCUUUGCCCCCCAUUUGCUGCUAUGGAUGACUGUUAAACUGUUCUUGUUACCGCUUACAGAAGAAAAUUAUGAUUAUUAUAUGCUGUGUGGUUCUGGGAAUCGUCAUUGCUUCCAUUGUUGGAGGAACGCUGGGCUAAACCUCAACCACAGUCACACUUUAAGACACACAACCGCACACACAACAGAGCAAAAACACAACAGAUUGACAUUUUCAGUUUCCUGUUUUUAUGAAUGCAAUUUAGUGCAAGGGGCGUUAUUUACUGUACGACGCAUUUGAUGUGUGGCGUACAGGGCAAGAGGUGUUUUCGCAUGAGUUGCUAUUUUGUAAAUGUGUGGUGCUGCGAACUGUUUAUCUGAGUGUUGUCAAUGAUAUGAUGUUUCCAAAAGUGAAUUGUUGAAUGAAAAAAGUUUUACUAAAUGAUAUGUAACACUAUACUAAUACAUUCCAACUUCCAAAUAUGACACUUAAUCAGUUGUAAUGCCUGUUUUGUGUUGUACAGACAAAGACGGGCCGCUAAUCUGUGUUUUCAAAGCCACGUUAUCUGUAGACCCUUUGUUUAAUCACAUCUUGAUUGACUUUAUCUUUUCGUCUGACGUUCUCUCUCUGAUGUCCUCUACCUCCCUCCAACAGCCCUGCAUGGUUUAGUUCACUGUAAAGUGGUGUUUUGUUUUCUAUUGCAAAUGAGAAAGAAGACACGUUGGAUAUUUUGCUGGUAGAAUCAUCAUACUGCCAAAUUUUUCUAAUGUCAUCUCUUAUAGUUUUUGGGAAGCAAUGCUACUGUACUUAACUUCUGGCCUUACCAGUUGUACAGCAUUUCUGACCGUUGCUCCAGUGUUGAGUGUGUGCAUGUGAAAGAGGAUAUGUGUGUGUGUUCAUUUGUAGCUACAUGUUUGAACGUGCUGAGUGCGAGUCGUGGGAUGAGAACAUGAGGUCUUGUUAAUAGCCACCUGUGUCUUUGUUUUGUAUAAAGUGUAAACUGAUAUAAAGCUCUCUAACACUGCCAGUAUGUUCAAAUAAGCUGUUAAAAUGGAGUCUAGUCUGGUUGGAUUGAUAAUUCUGGUCUGUAAGUGAAAACACUUGCUGAUGUUUCUUGUCUUUUAUAAACCCCAGCUUUAAACAGAGCAUAUCCUUCUGUCAAGCUACUUCAAUGUUUAUUUUUAUGAGUGAACAUGAGUCAGUGAAAGCGUCAGCAUGAACUCAAAGUAGCGCUGUAAAAGACUCUUGUGUCAGUUUUCUGGUGACAUAUCAGACAUGAACAGACUGUAACCAUGUUACCAUGUUGCCUACUCAUAUUGUUGCCUUUGUGUUGUAUUGUGAUAACCUGGUUUUG